AUGGCCACCUCAACAAGUUCAAAACUGAACAAAGCUGUUAAACAGCAGUACAUGGAUCUCCCUCAGGGGGACAUGGUCCAAGCUAUGUACAUCUGGAUAGAUGGGUCAGGAGAGGGAGUGCGCUGCAAGACCAGAACUUUGGAUUUUGAACCCAAGGCGAUCGAGGAUCUUCCCGAGUGGAACUUCGAUGGCUCCAGCACCGACCAGUCAGAGGGCUCCAACAGCGACAUGUUCCUGAUCCCUGCGGCCAUGUUCAGGGACCCGUUCAGGAAAGACCCCAACAAGCUGGUGCUCUGUGAGGUGCUCAAGUACAACCGCAAGCCAGCAGAGACCAACCUGCGACACACCUGUAAACAGAUCAUGAGCAUGGUGGAGAAUAACCAUCCGUGGUUCGGCAUGGAGCAGGAGUACACUCUCCUGGGAACAGAUGGACAUCCCUUCGGCUGGCCCUCCAACGGCUUCCCAGGUCCACAGGGGCCUUAUUACUGCGGAGUGGGAGCAGAUAAGGCGUACGGGCGAGACGUAGUGGAGGCGCACUACAGAGCCUGUCUGUACGCUGGGGUUCAGAUCUGUGGCACCAAUGCUGAAGUCAUGCCAGCUCAGUGGGAGUUUCAGGUUGGGCCAUGUGAAGGUAUCAACAUGGGGGACCAUCUGUGGGUUGCUCGCUUCAUCCUUCACAGAGUGUGUGAAGAUUUCGGUGUGAUCGCGUCCUUUGACCCCAAACCAAUCCCAGGGAACUGGAACGGCGCCGGCUGCCACACCAACUUCAGCACAAAGGAGAUGCGAGAAGACGGCGGACUGAAAGUGAUCGAGGAGUCGAUCGAAAGGCUGGCAAAGAGACACAGGUACCACAUCCGGGCCUAUGAUCCCAAAGGUGGGCUCGACAACGCCAGGCGCCUCACCGGUCACCACGAAACCUCAAACAUCGACGAGUUCUCGGCUGGCGUGGCCAAUCGUGGCGCCAGCAUCCGCAUCCCUCGCGCAGUGGGGCAGGACAAAAAGGGCUACUUCGAGGACCGCCGUCCGUCCGCCAACUGCAACCCAUACAUUGUCACAGAGGCCCUGGUGCGCACAUGUUUACUCAAAGAAGAGGGAGAGCAGCCCACAGAUUACAGCAAAUGAACAGUGUAAGACCAAGUGUCACUACCAGUACUGUAUUUAGCCAUGUCUAUUUCAAGACUUUAUGGAUGGAUUGAUCUUUACCUUUUUGAAUUUUUUUUACUUGACAGAUGAAAUAAUAACUGAGGUAUUCCUGCAUUCUUUGUGCAUUCAGUUGUAUGGUCUUUAUCUCUGGCACAAACACUGCCUUUUUGCCAAUGCAUUUAGUCACUGUGUCAUGGUAGCUGAUGAUUUGUAUAGAAUUACAUUGUUGUAAUGUGUUUAACUUUGUACUAAUGAAAAAUGCAAAAAAAGUGCAGCAGGAUUUUGCUGUCGAUCUUGACUCUGACCCAAAGGAUCCCAAAGGCAUUUGAAUGUGUUAAGCAGCCUUGUCUCAAUGUCACAAUGGUGGUUUUAUCAUGUUGUGGAUAUGUAAGGUCAUGUAAGCCUACUUUUUUAUGGUUUUCUUUUUUAAUAAUGCAUGUCUGUUUUUUCACUUGUGGUUGUCACGUGCAGAAAAACUUUAAUAAACAGCUAACAUUUUUA